CGCCAUUAGUAGUUUCAACUCUAAUGGCGUAUCAGAAGGUGGUGCGUCAUUAGUAUAUACUAAUGGCACACCGCUUGUCUGGUGCGCCAUUAGUGUCAAUCCCAUCUAUAGCCCUUUUUCUAGUAGGGCCUCAUCCUCAGGUCCACUCAAGCCUGUUGCUGAUCUUCCAUCAUCCUGCAGCCCUGCAUCUCAUCAUCCUCUUCAGUUUAUAACUGAUGUUGGUUUGGCUGCCUCUCAUGCUGAAAGCAAGGUUUCACCUUGCCGACAGGCUGAUGGUUCUCCAAGUGCUGAAGUAAUGGGGCCAGAGGUUAGCCUUCCAGAGGAUAUCAUUUGGAAGAUACAUGCCCUUAUGCCUAUUCAAGAUGCCGCUCGUGUUGCCUGCUUGUCUCAUGAUUUUCUUCACUCUUGGAGAUGCUAUCCCAAGCUCAUAUUUGAUAUGAGAGCACUAGGCACACAAACAAGGGAUUUUAUCAACAUAGUUGACCACAUCAUGCGGAAUCACCCUGGCGUUGGGGUGAAGACAUUUAAAUUGCAAACUCGUGAUGAGUUCACUGUGCAUCCAAGUUAUCUUGAUCGCUGGCUGCAAGUUGCAAUUACACCUGGGAUCACAGAAUUUAUGCUAGGGCUCCCCAUAAAUAGCAAGCUGAAAUAUAACUUUCCUGGUUCACUUCUAUCUCCUGAGGCAGCACACUCAAUCCAGUAUUUUCACAUCACUAGCUGUGCUUUUCAUUCUGUAGGCAAAGUUGGUCGCUUGAGUGGUUUGAAGACUCUUUGUCUGCAUGAUGUUGGUAUUACUGGGGAGGAGUUAUAUCUACUUCUGUCCAAUUCCUUCUUGUUAGAGCAUUUGGAUCUCGAGUCCUGCUACGAUAUACAUUGCUUAAAGAUACCACAUUUUUUGUCGAAGCUUAACAUCCUGUAAGUGCAAUGUUGCAAAAUGUUACAGAUGAUUGAAUGCAGUGCUCCAAACCUCUCCACCUUCAAUUAUGAUGGUCCCCUGAUACAUAUCUCGCUUGGAAGUUCAUUGCAAGUGAAGAAAAUGCAAAUGACAUGUGCCAUUAUGCCUAACCUGCUCCAUUAUGCUAGCGCCAAGCUUUCAUCCAUUGCACCAAAUGUCCAAACUCUUUUUUUACACUCACUUUAUGAGACAGUCAAUACACCUAUGGUGCUGGGUAAAUUUCUGCACCUCAAGUAUUUGGAGAUAAAACUUUUCAUGCCAACUCGUUCUCCAGGUUACGACUUCUGUUCUUUGGUUUCUUUUCUUGAUGCUUCUCCCACCUUGAGGACUUUCGUCUUGUGU